UAUGCUCGAGUGAUUUCGAUUUAUAUCGAAUAAACAAUAGAUUUUAUUAAAAUUAAUUUUAUAUCAGUCUGUUACUAAAAAGCCAGUUUUAAAAUUUUUACUUACGAAACCUAUAAUGGAAAAUGAAUUAUUACUUACCAAAUCUAAUAUAUGUCGAACAUGUUUACUUUCCUACAAUGAAAUGUGUUCUAUAUUUGAUAAAAUUAGUAUUGAAGACAACAAAGAAUACAUAAUUGAUAUUUUAGAAAAAUUUACUUCAUUGCAGCUUUCAAGGAAAGAUAACGUUCCUCAUUUUAUUUGUAAAUUAUGUGUUCAACAACUUGAACAGUCGUUUUUAUUCAAACAGAAGUGUUAUAAUUCUAUAAAAAAAUUAGAGAGUGAUUUAGAAAAAUAUCGAUAUUUAUCAAAUUCGGAAAAUGAUUUGAAUAACGAUGCAGAAAAUAAUCUUUCUCCUACGUUUAGUAAUUAUGAAGAUACUAAUAGUUCAACAUAUGAGCCCAAACAUCGAUGCACAAUUUGUAAUAAAACUUUUGUGACUUUAGAGGAAUUAGAAAAGCAUAAGAACAAACAUGUAGACAUAAAAAAACUAACUUGUAAAGUUUGUGGAAAAAUUUUUAGCAGGUAUUCAAGUGUAAAACGACACAUGACGGCUCACAGUGGAUUAAAACCACAUUCAUGUCCAAUAUGCCAUCGAUCUUUCACUCAAUCUGGGACGCUAUCGUUACAUAUGCAAAUGCACAAAGAAUAUACUCAUGUAAAAAACAAUAUUAAAUCUGUAGAAAAAAAAUCUCAUUUGUGCUCUACUUGUGGAAAAUCUUUUAAACAAUCAUCCACAUUAACAAUACAUAUAAGAAGCCAUAACGGAGAGAAACCAUAUGUUUGUAAAGUUUGUAAUAAAAGAUUUGUAUCUAAUAGUUUAUUAGCAUCACAUUCAAGGAUCCACUCCGGUGAGAAACUGUAUUCUUGUAAAUUUUGCGAUAAAUCCUUUACUCAAUCUAGUGGAAUGAAUAAACAUUUGAAAACGCAUUUGAAUGUUAAACAAUAUCAAUGUAACUACUGUCCCAAAUUAUUUUCGUCUUCUUCUUAUCGCAAUAUUCAUCAUAGAAAACAUACAGGCGAGAAACCUCUAAUUUGUAAUACUUGCGAUAAAUCAUUCUAUGAUCCUAAGAAUUUCAAGCAACACCAAUUGAUACAUACAGGACAUAAACCGUAUCUAUGUAUCAGUUGCGGAAAAACCUUCAGGAGAAAUUAUCAUUUAACUGUUCAUAUGAAAAUACAUACAAAUCGACCUUCCACGGUAUAAUUAUUUUAUUAAAAUUAAACUAUUUGAAA